GAGAGAUUGACUUUCCACACCAACGUGCGUCCAUGCAAAUCAAGCCUUCUGUUACCAAACGCACACGCAGAAAUUAACACAUACAUAUAGCUUCAUCUAUUACAAAUGAAGAUGCGUGGAAAGAUUUAUAGGUACGAUAGCAUAAAGGAGAGAAGUUUUAAAAUGGGUUUAAAAACUCAGAACUCUAGAGGGAAAUUCUUCAUGGUCUAUCUAAUACUAAUCUCAUUGUCUGUUCUUGGUUUGAUCUUAGCCUUUAAACCUCUUUUUCUUCUAAACCAAAUCAUCACUUCUCCAUCCUCCGAUUUGCGGAUCGAUCUUCCUUCUCCGCAAGUCCACAGUCAUAAUCCAAGAUGGCUCCGACUUAUCCGUGACUAUCUACCGGAAAAACAAAUCAGAGUCGGCUUCCUUAACAUCAAAGAGCAAGAGCGCGAGAGCUUUGAAGCUAGUGGUCCGUUGACUCUUAAGAAUGUCCACAUCUCGCUGGAUCCUCUUCCUGAGAAUGUCACUUGGAAGAGUCUCUACCCGGAGUGGAUCGACGAGGAAGUUUCUAACUGCCCUGAGAUCCCUCUCCCUCAGCCGGAAGGUUCUGAUGCUGACGUGGACGUCAUCGUUGCUAAAGUUCCGUGCGACGGGUGGUCGGGGAAUAAAGGGCUAAGGGAUGUUUUCAGGCUCCAGGUUAAUUUGGCGGUGGCGAAUCUAGCGGUCGAGAGUGGGUUAAGGAGAGUUGAUCGGAUGGUGUACGUUGUGUUCAUCGGGUCAUGUGGACCCAUGCAUGAGAUCUUCAAGUGCGAUGAGCGCGUGAAGCGCGUGGGAGAAUAUUGGGUGUAUAAACCUGAUCUCCUAAAGUUGAAACAUAAGCUUCUCAUGCCCGUUGGUUCAUGUCACGUUGCUUCUCCAUUUGCUCAACUCGGCCAAGAACCAUGGAGAACAAAAAAUGAAAAUAAUCUUACAUUGGAGGGGAUCCGUAAGCAGCGAGUCGCUUAUGUGACAAUACUACACUCGUCCGAGGCCUAUGUUUGUGGGGCAAUAGCCUUAGGACAAAGUAUAAGACAAUCAGGAUCGCACAAGGAUAUGAUUCUCCUCCACGAUCAGUCCAUAACCAACAGGUCCCUUCUCGGUCUAAGCUCUGCGGGAUGGAAUCUUCGGCUAAUUGACAGAAUUCGCAGUCCUUUCGCCAAAAAAGACUCUUACAAUGAGUGGAACUACAGCAAAUUGCGUCUAUGGCAAGUAACUGACUAUGAUAAACUUGUGUUCAUAGAUGCAGAUUUCAUCGUCCUCAAGAAGCUUGAUCAUCUCUUCUAUUAUCCGCAACUCUCGGCCGCAGGCAACGACAAAGUAUUAUUCAACUCCGGAAUCAUGGUUCUCGAGCCUUCGCCAUGUUUGUUUAAAGAUCUAAUUGAGAAGUCGUUAAAGAUCGAGUCAUACAACGGAGGAGACCAGGGAUUCCUCAAUGAGAUCUUUGUUUGGUGGCACAGGUUAUCGAAACGCGUGAACACAAUGAAGUACUUCGACGAAAAAUUCAAAGGAACACAUGAACUUCCCGAAAACCUAGAAGGUGUGCACUACUUGGGAUUGAAGCCAUGGGUAUGUUACAGAGACUAUGACUGCAACUGGGACAUGAGUGUACGGCAUGUGUUUGCAAGCGAUUCGGUGCACAAAAAAUGGUGGAAAGUAUAUGACAAGAUGUCAGAGCAAUUAAAGAGUUAUUGUGGCUUGAAUAAGGAAAUGGAGAAGAGGAUUGAGAAAUGGAGAAACAUCGCUAAGAACAAUAGUUUGCCUGAUAGGCAUUGGGAGAUAGAAGUGAAAGAUUCUAGGAAGAAGAACCUUGUUGUUAAGUGAGAGGGUUUUGGCUAUGGUUUUGUUGGAGUCUUAAGGAAACUUGGGAACUAAGAAUGAAGAACCUUCUGACACAAGAAAGGGUUUAGGUUAUGUAAUUUUAAAAAGUACAACGGCAAAUUUUGGUACGACAAUAUACAGGCAAUGUAGUUUUUUUUCUUUGAACUUCACAUUGUUUUGCUUAUAGUCAUUGAAUCAUGUUUGAAUUUAACGAAUUUUCUAACAUUUUAUGCUUCCUCUUUUCUUAAAAA